AUGUUCCAACUCAAGACGCGGAGGGCCAGGAGAUUGUUUUUCAGACCUCUAAACACUGACCAACCUGGUAUAAGAGACUCUGCGAUUGUUGCGUUUUGUGGUUCAAAGCAGACGUAUCGAUUUUUCACUACAUCACAGAAUUGGAGACAUGUUGUUGCCGGACCAUUUACGUCCGGUCCUGCAUCAACCGAAAUUCCCUGGCUUAAUCCAAGGAAAGAUCAUGAGAUUCAAAUGGCUGUCUCCGAGUUCUACUUGAACCCAUAUUGCACGAAAUCAACGAAAUAUACUCAUUUGCAAACAACCUUGGUUUGCGAGGAACUCUCCUGGGACCCAAGUGAAUCUCUCGUUUAUGAUGUUACAAAGCAACUGAAUGUGCUAUAUCAAGCCACCUCAUAUUUCAGUGGACUGUCGAAGAAUUUUCAGCGACCUUAUGAGUAG